AGUCAGAGACAUUGAACCUGGGGAAGAACUCCUUCUGUUCAUGAAGACUGAAGACUAUUCCCAUGAAACAAUGGCUCCAGACAUUCAUGAGGAGCGGCAGUAUCGGUGCGAAGACUGUGACCAGCUGUUUGAGUCCAAGGCACAACUGGUGGACCAUCAGAAAUUCCCAUGCAGCACACCUCACUCGGCAUUUUCUAUGGUAGAAGAGGAAUUUCAGCCAAAGCUUGACAAGGAGAAUGAUCUCCAUGAUAUGCAAGAUAUCCAAGAGUGCAAGGAGUGUGAUCAGGUGUUCUCGGAUGUACAAAGCUUAGAAAAGCACAUGCUAUCCCACACCGAAGAAAGGGAGUACAAGUGUGACCAGUGCCCCAAAGCCUUUAACUGGAAGUCUAACUUGAUACGCCACCAGAUGUCACAUGACAGUGGGAAGCACUAUGAAUGUGAAAACUGUGCCAAGCAGGUUUUCACGGACCCCAGCAACCUCCAGAGGCAUAUACGUUCGCAGCACGUCGGGGCUCGUGCACACGCUUGUCCAGAGUGUGGCAAAACAUUUGCCACUUCUUCAGGCCUCAAACAGCACAAACAUAUCCACAGCAGUGUCAAGCCUUUUAUAUGUGAGGUCUGCCAUAAAUCCUAUACUCAGUUUUCAAACCUUUGCCGUCAUAAGCGUAUGCAUGCUGAUUGCAGAACCCAAAUCAAGUGCAAAGACUGUGGACAAAUGUUCAGCACUACGUCUUCCUUAAAUAAACACAGGAGAUUUUGUGAGGGCAAGAACCAUUUUGCGGCAGGAGGAUUUUUUGGCCAAGGCAUAUCACUUCCUGGAACCCCAGCUAUGGAUAAAUCUUCCAUGGUUAAUAUGAAUCAUGCAAAUCCGGGCCUUGCUGACUAUUUUGGUACCAAUAGGCAUCCUGCUGGUCUUACCUUUCCAACAGCUCCUGGAUUUUCUUUUAGCUUCCCUGGCCUGUUUCCUGCAGGCUUGUACCACAGGCCACCUUUGAUACCUGCUAGUUCUCCUGUUAAAGGACUUCCAAGCACUGACCAAACAAUCAAAAGUCAAAGUCCCCUCAUGACACAUCCUCAGUCACUGCCAGCUACCCAGGAUAUUUUGAAGGCACUAAAUAAGCACCCACCUAACCUAGGUGAAAAUAAGCCAGUGGAGCUUCAACCAGAGAGGUCCUCCGAAGAGAGGCCGCAUGAAAAAAUCAGUGACCAAUCAGAGAGUAGUGACCUUGAUGAUGUCAGUACCCCCAGUGGGAGUGACCUGGAGACCACCUCUGGCUCUGAUCUGGAAAGUGACAUUGAAAGUGAUAAAGAGAAAUGUAAAGAAAAUGGUAAAAUGUUCAAAGGCAAAGUAAGCAGUCUUCAGAAUUUGGCUUCCGUAAAUAAUAAGAAAGAAUACAGCAAUCAUUCCAUCUUCUCGCCAUCUUUAGAGGAGCAAACUGCGGUGUCAGGGGCUGUGAAUGAUUCUAUAAAGGCCAUAGCCUCUAUUGCUGAAAAGUACUUUGGUUCUACAGGACUUGUGGGUCUACAAGACAAAAAAGUUGGAGCCUUACCUUACCCUUCCAUGUUUCCCCUCCCAUUUUUUCCAGCAUUCUCUCAGUCAAUGUACCCAUUUCCUGAUAGAGACUUGAGAACGUUACCUUUGAAAAUGGAACCCCAAUCGCCAGGAGAAGUCAAGAAGAUCACAAAGGGAAACGCCGAGUCUCCCUUUGACCUCACCACUAAACGUAAGGAGGAGAAACCACUUACUCCUGUGACCUCGAAACCAGCAACUCUACCAGUUACCAGCCAGGACCAGCCUCUAGAUUUGAGUAUGGGCAGCAGGAGCCGAGCCAGUGGUACAAAACAGACUGAGCCUCGGAAAAACCACAUCUUUGGAGGAAAGAAGGGAGAUGACCUUGAAUCGAGGAAGUCGUCGGACAUAUCUUUACAGCAUGCAAGGCCUACUCCUUUCUUUAUGGAUCCCAUUUACAGAGUAGAGAAACGAAAAUUAACCGAUCCACUUGAAGCUUUAAAGGAAAAGUACUUGAGGCCGACAGCGGGAUUCUUGUUUCAUCCACACUUCCAAUUGCCUGAUCAAAGAUCUUGGAUGUCAGCCAUAGAAAACAUGGCCGAAAAGCUAGAGAGUUUUAGUGCCCUGAAACCAGAAGCCAGUGACCUCAUACAGUCCGUCCCUUCCAUGUUCAACUUCCGAGCCCCACCAAGCACCUUGCCGGAGAAUCUUCUGCGUAAGGGCAAAGAACGCUAUACCUGCAGAUACUGUGGCAAGAUUUUCCCAAGAUCUGCAAAUCUAACCCGUCACCUGAGGACACACACUGGAGAGCAGCCUUACAGAUGCAAAUACUGUGACAGGUCUUUUAGCAUAUCAUCUAACCUGCAGAGACAUGUUCGUAACAUCCACAACAAGGAGAAGCCCUUCAAAUGUCACUUGUGUGACAGGUGCUUUGGCCAACAAACCAACUUAGACAGACACCUCAAAAAGCACGAGAAUGGCAACAUGUCUGGUACUGCUACGUCUUCACCACACUCCGAACUUGAAAGCACAGGGGCCAUCCUAGAUGACAAAGAGGACUCGUAUUUUACAGAAAUUCGGAAUUUCAUUGGGAAUAGUAACCAUAACAGUUCAGAAGAAAGAAUGAAUGGAAGUCACUUUAAAGAUGAAAAGACUUUGGUGGCGAGCCAGAACUCGGAUUUGUUGGAGGACGAAGAAGCGGAGGAUGAAGUAAUGAUGGACGAAGAAGAUGAAGAAAGCGAAAUAACGGGGAAGCCAGUUAAAGAACCUGCGGCAAGCAGCAUAUGUGAAGAUGCCACCGAGGGAGACUAUGAAGAAGAAAAUGCUUUGGAAAUGAACUGCAAGUCUUCUCCCGGCAGGUAUAAGGAAGAAGAUUUUAAUAAAACUGGACUUUCUGCUUUGGACCAUAUCAGGCACUUCACUGAUAGCCUCAAAGUGAGGAAAAUGGAAGAAAGCCAGUUUAGUGAAGCUGAGCUGGCAUCAUUCGGCACCUCCCAUCUUCCAGAAGACUUAAAGCAACCAUUGUAUCGCAAGUCCAAAUCCCAGGCAUAUGCUAUGAUGCUUUCGCUCUCCGACAAGGAUACCCUCCACUCUGCAUCCCACAAUUCCUCCAACAUGUGGCACAGUAUGGCAAGAGCCGCUGCAGAAUCCAGUGCUAUUCAGUCCAUUAGUCAUGUAUGA